AUGAAUGGCGAAACUGGUUCACCAUCAGAAAGGCACCUUGUUCCACCGGCGUCAGAAGAACGCCGAAGACAGUGGAUAGAAAGAAGAGCUCGGCGCAAUUGGAAGCGCAGGCUCCGGGCCCACAUUGUCUCUGGCCUGACGGAUGACAUUCUUCGUGAUUUACUUAUUAGACCAGCAGAAGAGAGGGAUGAACACAAAAACAUUCUAGAUAUGGAAACUGUCCGACAAUACGUACCUCUUGAAUUUGAGGGUAGAUCCGUCCCCGAUGCAGAUGCGGCGCGGGAGCUUACAUGGGCGACAGAAGACGCAGUAAAAUGGCGGCUACGUGGGAUUGAAUCUAUCUACGGAUAUACUCGGAGUCAGCCAUAUAAUCGUACGAGCCGUCUCGUUGCCUUGUGGUAUGGUGAGGAGCCUGUACUGCCCAAAUUUCUUAAAGAUGUUCUGUAUUUUGAGCUUCGACUGGGCAAUGAUCCUAGGAACAUCCGUCUUGACUCUUCAUGUAAGGUUUAUCCUGUUGAUUCACCAUCUAUAUCCAACGUGACACAGCCCAUUCGUUCCUUCGGCAGCCUAGGUUUUCUAGCUCUUUUAGAACAUCGAGUUCAUAGUAAAAUCCAGGUGCGCCAUGUCGGUGUCACAGUGGGCCAUGUCGUCGACGGUGGCACCGAAGAUACAGUUGAACUUGAAACUGAUGAUCAGAUAUGUCCGGUCCAGCUACAAGUAGCGCCCAACUUCGAACGGCAAGGUAGGAGGAGACCUGCCUUCCGGCACGGCUGGGCUAGGCCACGAGAGUGCUUCGAUGAAAUCUGUCUACUUGAGACAAACACGCUAUCCGAUGAGCUGGUGGCUCUGUACCAUAUAUCUGACGCCAUAGAUUGCAAUGCCCUUUUUUCUUUACCAAGUGGAAUUGAUCCAGUUGGCUCUCUCACGGACCCAGCUCUCUUUGACAUCGAUGAUGUUUACGACUCGUUAAUAGAGAUGCUUCCACUGGAAGUACACAAGCACGGCGCUGCGACUGGACAGACGACUGGUACACUUGUAGAUAUUCAAGACCUGGAAGAUGACGAUACAUACUCGACACAGGCGGUUAGAGAUGACACGCAGGCGUUCAAGUUGAAGAUCAAAUGGCUGUCCCCCGAGGAACCGUUUGCGCAAGAUGGAGACUCUGGAAGUCUUGUUUACGGAAGGCAUCAUGGUAAGACUGUCCCUUUAGAAAUUCAUUAUGGAUCCGAUGAAGGUUUAAGGGAGAUAGAUAAUAAGCUGGACUUACGUCUUACAUUUUGUUCUCCUGGCCGCUGCCGCUAUCAAAGUUCGUCUUCCUAA